AUGAAAUUUUUUAAACAAAUAAUUUGCUCAACUAAUAAUAGUAUUGAACAUGGAUAUAAUAUAAGGAUAAUAAUAAAUGAUGGAGAAAAAGAACAACAAAAUAGUAGUGAUGAAUCGAAUUUUACAACAAAUAUUCAACACAAUCAUAUAAUUCCAGAGAACAAUCCACUAGUUGGAUGUACUGAAGGAAGCCGGGAAAAAUCAGAAAAAAAUAAUCAAUUGGAAUUAAAUAAUAGUUGUUUUACUUCUAAAAAUCACCAAUCAAGUGAAGAUAUUUAUUCUAUUGAAGAAGAAAAACAAUCUUCUACAAAAGAUUCUUUGUCUAAUGAAAGAGGUAUUUAUAGAGAUAAAAUUAAAAAAAUACUGAGCAUUGGUAUAAGUUUUUUACUAAAGAAUUUUUCAAAUAUUUUAAAAUUAGUAAUAUUCUUAAGUCUCAUUAUAGCUGUAAUUUAUUUUAAUGUAUAA